UGUUGCGUAACUUGCGCAGCGUAGUUUGAGGCGUAACAAUCUUUGAGUUAAGUGUGUCCCAAGAUGGCGGCUACAGCAGCAAUGGGUUUCCCACAGCAUCUUUCUUCUUUCAAUGAUUUAGUUCCAGAAUGGACUUCCCGUGAAGUUAGCACUGGGACCACUAUUAUGGCAGUUGAAUUUGACGGCGGGGUUGUAAUGGGGGCCGACUCUAGGACUACCACUGGGGCAUACAUCGCAAACAGGGUAACAGACAAGCUAACCCCCAUUCAUGAUCAAAUCUUCUGCUGCCGAUCUGGUUCCGCUGCGGAUACUCAGGCCAUUGCUGACGCAGUAACCUAUCAGUUGGGAUUCCACAGUAUUGAGCUGGAUGAGCCCCCGCUGGUCCAGACAGCUGCCAAUCUCUUUAAAGACAUGUGCUAUAGGUACAGGGAAGAGUUGAUGGCUGGGAUUAUUGUGGCCGGUUGGGACAAGCGGAGGGGUGGACAGGUGUACACUGUCCCUGUUGGAGGGAUGCUGACCAGGCAACCAGUGUCAGUGGGAGGAUCUGGCAGCUCUUAUAUCUAUGGAUAUGUAGACUCCAACUACAGAACUGGCAUGAGCAAGGAGGAAUGUUUACGUUUCGCAGCAGGAGCACUGUCAUUGGCCAUGGAGAGAGAUGGAUCCAGCGGGGGGGUGGUGCGAUUGGCUGUCAUCUCCGAACAGGGAGUGGAGAGGCAGGUUAUCCUGGGCAACCAACUGCCCAAGUUCUCCACUCUGUAAUGCACACAUGAACAUCCAUAUGCAUGCUUAUGUGUUCAGUUACAAGUUACAUUUCUUAUGUCAAUGCUUUAUUUUUUUUUGAAAAUAAAAGGACUUUUCAAUAAAGUUGAUUUCCUAACCAUUGAAA